UAAUAUUGGCAUACAAUGCAGACAUCAAUUUCAGACAUCAAUGCUAAUCUGUGUGUUACUUUGACCUUCUCUCACCUCGACAAAACAGCUAUUUCUAUUCACGUAUGGUCAAAGUCCACGUUGUGUUGCCUUGACGGGCAUGUGAGCGAGGUGUGUUGCACGUUGACUGUAGGGCAGCAAUCAGAGUGUUCUUUACCUCGCACGGUUUUGACACUAGAGGUCUUCUAUCCUGGACGUCUUACUCACGACCAUGGAAAGGUGUUUUGGGCACACGCCAUCGGGUCACUAAGAGCUGAAAGUCAAGUGGAUGUUAUUUACUUCCGCAGUCAGUAUACUUUAAAAGGUAUUUCAAUAGACGUCAAUAAAAUGUGGUCCUUCAACCCAGUUGCCUUUGUGCUGUUUGUGGUUGAGCUGUAUCACAUUCUGGGACACGCGGCCAUCUUGUUCCGAGUUAGGUUACUGCCUCGGAAAGAUCUUGUCCGCAUACGCUACUACUUCCUGUUUGACGCUGCCUCAGUCUUCAUCACCUGCUUCCUGUAUACGGGCAGACUCAAAUGGUUGGCAAGUCUGCAGAUUCUACAACACCUCUACUACUUCGUCACCUGGAACAAAUCAGCACUUGCUAAUAAGAUAAUGGACUGGAGUUCUCUGGAUUAUUUCAAAAGUCACAAGAAAGAUCGCUUGGAGCUCGAUUCAAUCCUUGGAACAGCGUUUGACAUCAGUGUUCAUGUCCUCAAUGUGUACAUGCUGAUGAGCUAUCUCACAACUGUCGGCAUCCUGCUGGGUCUGGCGGUAGCACACGGCAGUGCCUACUUCAUCCUCUACAACCCCCGCCUCGCCUGGAGCAGCCCCUACAAGAUGCCUGCCUGGAUAGAGAGGCGCAUCAGGCCACUUAAACCUUGAUGGACCCUGCGAGCGUGUCGUGCAUGAUUUGUUCACAUGAGGUCACACGAUUUUAUUGAACUCCAGUUGACACAGUGACCUCGAUCUCGCUUCAUUAUUAUGCAGGUCAUGUUUUCAACGUAGCUAUUCGUGAUAGUAACAACGCUUGCCUUGGUUCCGGUGAACUUAAUAUGUUCUAGGUGCAUUAGAGAAGCCUUGGAAAUCAAAAUGGUGGGUCAAGUUGUCUUUUGAAGUAGUCCUUGAUAUGGGCACGUUCUUUAAAAGAAUAGUUGCUUGAAUUAUUUAGUGUUUUUCUGAUAUUUAAGGUGUGCUUGUAUUCACCACAUUUUAACUGUUCAUAUGUUUUUACAUAUUUUAACGUUAAAAUUCUAAUGAUUGCCCGCGAAAAUAGAAGAGUAGUUUUAACACUUUUUUUUAGUGUUUGUCACAUUCGAUACGUGCUACCAGCGGGGCAUGACAUAUAUUGUAAAAAAAACCCAUCUAAAAUGGGGAAAUUCAAAGCCAGGAAAUCACUACGUGUGUUUUUUUCCCUCUCUAAACACCGAUAUUCUGAUAUGCAAAAAGUGAGUAAUGUAUUGAAUAUUAUUCAAAAUUUAAUAAAAUUUGACAAAUCUU